AUGCCUAGGUUUUUGGAGAAAGUUCCUCGCUGGUCUCACCGCCACUUGACCUACCGAACCCUUGCUGAUCCGGUUUUUCCUGCAGACGGACGCAAAGAACGCGUACAGUUCGAUAAAAUCACGGCUCGUGUAUCGAGACUCUGUUAUGGCCUUGAUCCUGAACAUGUCGACGCUGCUGCUAUCACCCAGAAGGUUAUCUCGGGUGUCUACCAGGGUGUCACCACCGUCGAGCUGGACAACCUGGCUGCCGAGACUGCUGCAUACAUGACCGUUACCCACCCUGAUUACGCCAUUCUCGCGGCUCGUAUUGCCGUUUCCAACCUUCACAAGCAAACGAAGAAGCAGUUCUCCUUGGUCAUCUCUGACCUCUUUCACUAUGUGAACCCACGGAAUAAUAAACCGGCUCCUAUGAUAUCAAAGGAAACGUACGAGACGGUUAUGAAGCAUGCUGACGAGCUCAACUCGGCUAUUGUCUACGACCGGGACUUUAACUAUAACUUCUUUGGUUUCAAGACUCUGGAGCGGUCGUACCUGCUGCGUAUCAAUGGCAAGGUUGCAGAGCGUCCCCAGCAUCUGCUCAUGCGUGUUGCCGUGGGUAUCCACGGCAAUGACAUUGAGAAGGCCAUUGAGACCUAUCACUUGAUGUCUCAGAAAUACUUCACCCACGCCUCUCCUACCCUGUUUAGUGCCGGCACUCCCCAGCCCCAGCUUGCCUCGUGCUUCCUGGUGGACAUGAAGGAGGACAGCAUUGAGGGUAUCUAUGACACCCUGAAGACCUGUGCCAUGAUUUCGAAGAACGCUGGUGGCAUUGGCCUUAACGUGCACCGUAUCCGCUCGACUGGCUCUUACAUUGGUGGUACCAACGGUACCUCCAACGGUCUUGUUCCCAUGCUCCGGGUAUUCAACAACACUGCUCGCUAUGUUGACCAGGGCGGCAACAAGCGUCCGGGUGCCUUUGCCAUCUACCUGGAGCCCUGGCACUCGGAUGUGUUCGAGUUCUUGGAUCUGCGCAAGAACCACGGCAAAGAGGAGGUCAGAGCACGUGACCUUUUCUAUGCCCUGUGGACUCCCGACCUCUUCAUGAAGCGGGUCGAGGCCAAUGGCGACUGGACUCUGUUCUGCCCGAACGAGGCUCCUGGCUUGGCAGAUGUCUACGGCGACGAGUUCGAUGCCCUCUACGAGAAAUAUGAGAAGGAAGGCCGUGGCCGCCGGACCGUCAAGGCCCAGAAGCUCUGGUAUGCUAUUCUUGAGGCCCAGACUGAGACCGGCAACCCUUUCAUGCUGUACAAGGAUGCCUGCAACCGCAAGAGCAACCAGAAGAACCUGGGAACCAUUCGCAGCUCCAACCUCUGCACGGAGAUUGUCGAGUACAGUGCUCCUGAUGAGGUGGCUGUUUGCAACUUGGCUUCUCUCGCUCUCCCCACCUUUGUGGAUGCGACUCGUGGUGAAUACGACUUUGGCAAGCUCCAUGAGGUUGUGCAGGUCCUGGUGCGCAACUUGAACAAGAUCAUUGACAUCAACUACUACCCCGUCCCGGAGGCCCGGAAGAGCAACAUGCGUCACCGUCCAAUCGCCCUUGGUGUCAACGGUCUGGCCGAUGCUUUCCUUGCCCUGCGCCUGCCCUUUGACUCUCCUGAGGCCAAGCAGCUGAACAUUCAGAUUUUCGAGACCAUCUACCACGGUGCUCUGACUGCUUCGUCCGACUUGGCCAAGGAGCUGGGACCGUACGAGACCUACGAGGGCUCUCCAGUGUCCCAGGGCAUCCUCCAGUACGACAUGUGGGACCGUACUCCCACUGACCUCUGGGACUGGGAUGCGUUGAAGGCGAAGAUCGCCCAGACGGGUGUCCGCAACAGCUUGCUGGUUGCGCCCAUGCCUACGGCCAGUACCAGUCAGAUCCUCGGUUUCAACGAGUGCUUCGAGCCGUACACCUCCAACAUCUACUCGCGUCGUGUGCUGGCGGGUGAGUUCCAGGUGGUCAACCCCUGGCUCCUGAAGGACCUGGUGGACCUGGGACUGUGGUCGGACAACAUGAAGAACCGGAUCAUCGCCGAGGGCGGUUCGGUGCAGAACAUCCCCAACAUCCCGGCGGACAUCAAGGCUCUGUACAAGACGGUGUGGGAGAUCUCGCAGCGAACGAUCCUGCAGAUGGCAGCGGACCGGGGAGCGUUCAUCGACCAGUCGCAGUCGCUCAACAUCCACCUGAAGGAGCCGACGAUGGGCAAGAUCACCAGCAUGCACUUUGCGGGCUGGAAGAUGGGACUGAAGACGGGCAUGUACUACCUGCGGACGAUGGCGGCGUCGGCGCCCAUCCAGUUCACGGUGGACCAGGAGCAGCUGAAGGUCGCGGACACCAACGUGGCGCGGGUCAGUGCAGCAUAUAAGAAGCGCACGGGGGCCCCGGCGUCGAGUGCGUACGCGGCGGUGCCUCGGGCGGCAGAGACCAACGGCCACGAGGAGAGUAAUGGCGUCAACGGAUCGGACUACAGCAGCCCUCGGGUGCUGACGGGUGACGGUUCGGGCGCGGAGGCGAGCAAUGGGGCGUCCCAGGAGGAGGAUGGGAGCAAGGAGAGCUCGGAGCGGGAGAGUGAUAUCUACUCGCAGAAGGUGCUGCAGUGCAGCAUUGAGAACAAGGAGGCGUGCCUGAUGUGCCAGGGUUAG